UAGCACGGGGAGGUGUCUGCCCCGCCCCCAGGGAGUCACGUAGCUCUGCGGCAUCCGCCGCCUUAUUUACUCCAGCUUGGCCUGAGCUCCUCCUGUCUGUUGCUAACCAGACCCGAAGUGAGCUGUCUGUACCUGUGGCUCUUGCUGCUGACUGGUCCAGACAGCUGUCGCCAUGCCCCACUCAUACCCAGCUCUUUCUGCUGAGCAGAAGAAGGAGCUGUCUGAUAUUGCCCUCCGGAUCGUGGCCCCGGGCAAAGGCAUUCUGGCUGCAGAUGAGUCCGUAGGCAGCAUGGCCAAAAGGCUGAGCCAAAUUGGGGUAGAGAAUACUGAGGAGAAUCGCCGGCUGUACCGCCAGGUCCUAUUCAGCGCUGAUGACCGUGUGAAAAAGUGUAUCGGCGGCGUCAUCUUCUUCCAUGAGACACUCUAUCAGAAAGAUGAUAAUGGGGUCCCCUUUGUCCGGACCAUCCAGGAUAAGGGCAUUCUUGUAGGCAUCAAGGUUGACAAGGGUGUAGUGCCUCUAGCUGGGACCGAUGGGGAAACCACUACUCAAGGGCUGGAUGGACUCUUGGAACGCUGUGCUCAGUAUAAGAAGGAUGGUGCCGAUUUUGCCAAAUGGCGCUGUGUCCUGAAGAUCAGUGAUCGCACACCCUCAGCACUGGCCAUUCUGGAGAAUGCCAACGUGCUGGCCCGCUAUGCCAGCAUCUGCCAGCAGAAUGGCAUCGUGCCUAUUGUGGAGCCUGAGAUCCUGCCUGACGGAGACCAUGACCUCAAACGUUGCCAGUAUGUUACAGAGAAGGUCCUGGCUGCUGUGUACAAGGCCCUCAGUGAUCAUCAUGUAUACCUGGAAGGGACUCUGCUCAAGCCCAACAUGGUGACCCCUGGCCAUGCCUGUCCCAUCAAGUAUAGCCCAGAAGAGAUCGCCAUGGCUACCGUCACUGCCCUGCGUCGGACUGUGCCCCCAGCUGUCCCAGGAGUGACUUUCCUGUCCGGGGGUCAGAGCGAAGAGGAGGCGUCCCUCAACCUCAAUGCCAUCAAUCGCUGCCCGCUUCCCCGGCCCUGGGCCCUCACCUUCUCCUAUGGACGUGCCCUGCAGGCAUCGGCACUCAAUGCCUGGAGAGGACAAAGGGACAAUGCGGGGGCUGCUACUGAGGAGUUUAUCAAACGGGCAGAGAUGAACGGGCUGGCGGCCCAGGGCAGAUACGAAGGCAGUGGAGAUGGUGGAGCGGCAGCCCAGUCCCUCUACGUCGCCAACCACGCCUACUGAGGCGCGCCUGCCCAGCCCACAGCCCUUGGCCUAGUCACGCGCACCCUGUAGUCACAGCCAGGGCCCAACAGCCACGCAGAGCAGAGAAGUCUUCAUCCAGCACCAACUCAUCUUUUCCUCUCCUCUCUUUCUGUCUCGCAUUGAUGCACCCGAAACCAUGGAAUGGGAGGGCAGGGAGGCCCCCCAAGUCUGGGGGCAGGGGGACUUUUCUAGAAGUCAGAACAGAACGUGUGGGUCUUUCCCCUGGCUCCCUCAGUCCUUACAGUUUUCCCAUGAUGGUGUAGCUUGCCCUUAGGCUCUCUCUUGGGAUCAGGGGGAAGUGCACCAGCCCUGACUCAUACCCCGAGUACACAGCAAAUAAAUGGGAGCAAAACACA